UUUUUACAGACUUGUCUUUUCUGUUUUCUCUUUCCUUAUCUUUUGCACAUAAAACAGUCCAUUUUUUUCUUUAAAACAUCACAGGUUAUCUUGGUAUCAUUAACAACAAUGACUACUAUUAGCAGAGAGCGUGCAAUAUGCAUGUUCUACCAUAAAGAUUAUGACAAGACUAAAGCCAUUGAACUACUCGAUGCUAUUGAAAAAAAAAAAAAAAAAAAAAACUCCCAUGAAUGAAAUGGAUUGUUUUCCUGAAGUUAAAGGGCUACUACAUCGUAAUAAAUAAUGCACCUAUCCAUACAUCCAAUCAAAUUGACGAGGAUGGUAGUUGCAAAGGAGAGCGGUACAAAAGUGUCUACCUCCCUCUCUCUCUCCCUCCCUCCCUCCCUCCUUAUUCUCCCUGA